AUGUGGAGAAUAAGAUCUUUUCUAAGAGCAAAGUUUCAUGAACCGUGUUUUGCAGAGAAAGAAAGCAGUGCUGAGGUUUCCUACCACUGGAUGAUUGCCACAAGCACUGAACUGUGGGACAUUGGGGAUAUUUUCUCAGAUGCACAUCAGUCCUUGCCAGAGCCGUUCCCAAAUGAAGUGCCAGAUUUUAAUUUCCAAGCUGACUGUAAAGUUCCUGAUCUGUCCAGCCGAAGCGUGUGUCCCUCAGCAGAAGAGUCGUGGCGUCUGAAGGACGGUCAAAGCCCCGAUACACUGACUGACCACACUGAAGAUGACCACGCUGUACAUGUCACAAUCCCAGAGUUUCAGAGUCGCAGAUUUGAGGAGAUUCCAGUUGUUAUCAGCCAUGUGGUUCAUCCAAACAAGUUCUUCAUUCAACACAAGGACACAGAUCUCUGUCAACUGUCUGAAAUCAUGCAGAGGAACAGCAGUAGGUCUUUAGCAGAGAUGAACCGCAUCCCAGACAUUGGAGCUUAUGUCAUGGUUUGGUUUCUCAAGCAAGAGAUGUGGUGCCGUGGCCAGAUCAUCAGAAUCCGUCGGAGUCGAGGGCCCAGCAGCAGAGAUUGCAAAGACACUAAGGUGGAGGUCAGGAGGAUUGACUAUGGAGAUGUUGUUUGGGUCUCUCUUUGGGAUCUUAAGGAACUGUGUGGAGAAACCGCAUCCAUACCUGUGCAAGCACUGCAGGUCUCACUGGCGAAUGUGAGGCCAGUGAAUGGAGAAACAUGGUCUUUUGAAGCGAUCAGCUGGUUCAGGAGUAAAGUGCAGAACAAGACUCUUUAUGCCAGGCUUUACCCAGAAGAAGGAGAAGUUUUGGUUGAACUCUUCAUGGAAAAGGGAAAGAUUGGUGCCAUGAGGAGAGGAGACUCUCUGUCUGUCAGACUUGCUCUGAAUAGAUUUGCCAUUCAUGAAUGUAACAAACCCAGGAGUCUGAAGAGAAGUGACGUCCCAGAACAAACCAGACAGCAGUCCUUACAGUGGGAGAAAUAUCUGGAUCUCCUGUUACAAGUCGGAGAGAAUCCAGUAGACUAUUGGAUUCGGAUCAACAAGGCUGCUGAUCUGGCGAAUGAUGGCCUUCAUAGACAAGGAAAGCAGCUGGCUGAUAUGAGUGAUGAGGUGACACGGAUGUUCAUCAAGCACUGUCCAGACCCAGGAUGCAUCAAGUUUCCCAUUGGCACAAAAUACAUUUUAAGCAGCCAGAACUCUCAGCAGAGCCUGUACUGUUCAAUGCCGGCCUGCUCGCCCAAACUCACCAGUCCAAACCAUGACAGGAAUAGCAGCAGCCUGAAAGUCAAGGCGCUUUCAAUGCAUGAUGGAGAUGUUAGAGCAGUUGAUGGAUAG